AUGGCUGUUGCUUUCUUUUGCGAAGAACUUGCGAACAUCAAAUCGCUCCGUGCCGUAGUCGGUGUCGAUGCCAACAAUGUCAAUCUCAAGGAUCAGCUAUCUCUCAAGGACAAUACUCUAUUCGCAGGCAACGUACCCGUGAUCAGUUUCAACGCCAACAACUUGCAUGUGGAUCCACGUCUUUUGCUCAUGACGCCUCAAGCGUCACCGACUUGUGGUGGCAGUAUCGUUGAAGCCAAGAUGACAGUCAGCGAUAGCAAGAUGGAUACUAUGGAUGAUGAUCUCAAAGUAUGGUGGCCCGUCAAGGAAUUGGAAACGAUGCAGGGUUUUACAUGUCGUACAUGCAACACGCGUCUUGCAACAACGUCUGGUUUUCGAUGCAAAGCACUUCCAUCAGAGCACUGGUACGAGUUGGUAGAAUGCUGGAUUUGUCACGAGACCAAGCCUGAAGAACAUCGCGCUCGUAUGCAACCCAUCUCUGCACGGCCUCAAACGCUAUUAGCAGGCACAACUUAUCUUUUGAUCCAUCCCGAUGACUUGAAGAACGAUCAACAACAAGUAUCAGUCGUUAUGAAUGAAGCGUCAACUUUAUCUCCUGACAAGUGGACAAUCUCGCGACAAUGGAUACCUGUGCAAUGCAAACAAUGCCAAUCUCCCCUGGGCGAAGGUCAAUACGACAAAGCUGAAGAUAAUACAAUUUCAUUAUUGGGAGUGAAGCUCUACAAGUAUUGUAUCUCGCCUAUACCCAUGGAGACCACCUUGCCGAUUUUUCUGGAUUUCUUCACGUUUGAUUUACUGGAUGCUGUCAAAGCCCAUGCAACCUAUCGCUUCAUCAUACAAGAUCGGGAGAAUCGCAAAGUACAAUUCUUGCUCUGGAUGUUUAGUUGGAAUACGCGUAUCAUCUACAACAAGGGGUUUGAAGAUCAAGUGACAAAGCGAUCAGAUAAAAUCCAUGAUAAGAAGGUGAUGAAAGUGCUCUAUCUGGAUUGUACCCAAUCGAAUGAAAUGGUGGACGACCAUAUGCAAGCGUGGAAGAAGGACAAGUCAGCUGACCAUCUAAUGUAUCCUGCAUCAUGCUGCAAGCUUGUACUCAAAUCACUUCAGCAAUCGAAUCAGAUAUUACCACCCUAUAUGCGCACCAUAAAUAACCCUGUCAUGAAACUUCAGCAUAAUUUCUCGGUUGGAUUCCUUGAACGAUAA